AUGGACCACAUGGGCUUCCAGAUACCGGGCAUGGCCCCGCCGCCCUUGAUGAACCAGCCGCCCCAGAUCUUUGGCACCUACGGGCCCGAUGGCCUGCCGCAGAUGCCUUCCGACUUUGCCUCGCACAUGUUCCCCGACUCACAUUUGCUCAUGGAAGACUCAAACGAGGCCAAACGCAGAAGGAUCGCGAGGGCCUGUGACAUGUGCCGCAAAAAGAAGAUCAAGUGCGACGGCAAACUGCCGGCCUGCACGCAUUGCAUCAAUUACAAGACCGACUGCGUCUUCACCCAGGUUGAGAAGAAGCGCAGUCCUCCCAAGGGGGCAAAGUAUAUCGAGGGGCUCGAAAACCGAUUGGGCCGCAUGGAACACUUGUUAAAGCUGUCAGGUUUGCUCAGCGAAGACGACAAUGGCGCGACCGAUCUCGGGGAGCUCGAGAAGAAGCUCACCGAAAAGACGCGCCAGGCCUCCAUGGUGAUGGUCUCGAGCCCCACAUCGCCAUCGCAGGGCACCUCCGGACAAGAAGGCACUAGCUCAACGCCGCAAAGCGCCCUGACGUCGCCGGAGCCCGGAAGAGAAACCCACCGGAUAGACGAUAAGCGCAAGUCAGUCGUGUCGGCUGACGAGAGCCAAGAAGGAGAGGAGGUCGAGGCGUUGUCCGAGAUGAUGUGCUCACUGGUCACGAAUCAGUGCGGCGAGACGCGAUAUAUCGGAUCCUCGUCUGGCUUCUCCAUCUUCUCCCCCAGAGGUAUUCAGUGGGUCAACGAGAAGACGGGCGACGAUUCGUUCGCCAAAAUGAUUUCUGAGGUGUCCGUCGACGAUCACAAGUGGACCAACUGGAAGCCCGAAGUCUUCGGCGAUCUGUUCCAACGCCCCGUCUUCCGGCCCCUGCCGCCUAAGCCCGAGGCCCUGUCUCUGCUCAAGGACUAUUUCGAGAACUUCAACUGCAUGUUCCCCCUCUUCCACCAGCCGACCUUUAUGCACCUGGUCGAAAGGCAGUACUCGUCGGACCCAUACCAGGGCUCUGGCUGGUGGGCUAGCCUGAAUUGCGUCUUGGCCAUUGCCCAUCGGCUGCGCGUCAUGAGCAACCUUGUUCCGCAGGAAGAAGACGAGAAGGCGUGGGCGUACCUGAAGAAUGCCAUGGCCGUCUUCCCCGAGCUGACGAUGCGCAACACGGACCUGCUGAGUGUCCAGGCGCUGCUCGGCAUGGCCCUCUUCAUGCAGGGCACCCCCAACCCCCAACCGACCUCGCUCCUCAUUGCCGCCGCCAUACGCCUGGCACAUAGCAUCGGGCUGCACAAGCGGGGGACGGGCUUCAACCUGAACCCCAUCGAAAUCGAACAGCGGAAACGCGUCUUUUGGAUCGCCUAUAUGCUGGACAAGGACCUCUGCCUUCGAUCAGGCCGCCCGGCCGCGCAAGACGACGACGACAUGAACGUGGACCUGCCUGACGCCGACCCUCCGGACAACAUUGGCAAUAUCCCGCUGGCCGAAGGCACCGGCAAGAUGAACCUGUUUCGGGUCAUUUGCGAGUUUACCGUCAUCGAGAGCAACGUGUACAAGCGCCUCUAUUCGACCAAGGCGACCAAGCAGUCGGACGGCGAGCUCUUGAAUACGAUUGGCGAGCUCGACCAGGAGCUCGAGGAGUGGAAGGAUAAGAUCCCCAUCGACUUCCGGCCGGAGCACGAAAUCAAGGCGUCGCACACGCCCUUGAUUCUGCACAUUGUCAUGCUGCACUUUACGUAUUACAACUGCUUGACGACGAUUCAUCGAAUGUCGGUCCAUCAUGGAUACUGGACGAGCAGACUAGUCUUCUCGUCCGCAGCGCUCUGCACCGCGUCGGCGAGAGCCUCCAUCUCGCUGUUGAAAUAUGUUCCUCAGGGAGACUUUAGCUGUGUCUGGUUGAUUUUGUAUUUUCCUGUUUCUGCCUUGAUGACUCUAUUUGGAAACAUCCUCCAGAAUCCGCUCGAUCCGAGGGCCAAGUCGGACGCUCGCCUGAUGAACCUCGUCGUCAACUUCCUCUCAAUGCUCGGCCAGGAAGCUGAGCAGGGAGGUGUGCACCGUAUGCUCGGCAUCUGCUCCGAGUUUGUUCGCAUCGCCAAGGUGGUGAUCGAGAAGGCCGAGCGAGAACAGUCGUCGCGUCGCAAGCGCAAGACUACCGAGGUGUUGAACAAGGCAUCGAACGGGCCCACGCCGUCGGUCAACGGCGCAGGCUCGACUCCGCGACCCGGAACCGCAAACACCACGACGCCGACGCCGACAAACGCACAGAACGCGGCCGCGACACACAUGUCGCCCGCUGCAAGAUCCGACCACGGGACACCCUUUGGCCAGACGCCCGGCGCAAUGUCGGCCGCAAACGAGCCAUCACCCUCGAUUGACUCGGCAGGCUGGCCUCAGGAGUUCCAUGUGCCCCAGAAUGGCGACAUGGACUCUUACCCAAGCAUGCAGGGCUUCGGCGGCGGCGUCCCCUCGCCGUCGAUGCCGAUGAGGGGCAAUCCCUUUCAGCAACCGUUGCUUCCGCAGGAUUUGUUCGGCCUGCCAGCGACGUUGGACUGGAACUGGGCCGAGAUGAGCGGCGGCGCCUAUCCGUCGGUCGAGAACGGCAACUUUGGCGAAGGCCGGUCGAACAUGCACUAG